CACAUAAGAACAGAACUCACACAACCCAGAACGAAGAAGCAAUUGAAAACACCAUGGCUUACCAAUCCAUCUUCCUCUGUUUUGCUCUGAUCCUAACAACCCUCCACAGCCUCCAAGCAGUAGACUACACAGUCACGAACAGGGCCGAAACAACCCCAGGAGGGAUCCGUUUCAACAACGAGCUUGGAGCGGAAUACACUAAACAAACAAUGGCAUCAGCAAGCGACUUCAUCUGGAGGCUCUUCCAGCAAGCCACCGAAGCAGACAAGAAGCAAGUGUCCCAAGUGUCUCUGUUUGUGGACGACAUGGAUGGGAUAGCCUAUGCAAGCAACAACGAGAUCCAUGUAGGAGACAAUUACAUCGAAGGAAUUAAAGCUGAUAUAAAGUGGGAUUUCAAUGGAGUCCUUUACCAUGAGAUGACACACAUUUGGCAGUGGGAUGGAUCUGCAGGAACCAAAGCUCCUGGUGGGUUGAUCGAAGGGAUUGCUGAUUUUGUGAGACUCAAGGCUAAUUAUGCUCCACCUAACUGGGUGAAACCAGGCGAUGGGAGCAAGUGGGAUGAGGGUUAUAGUGUUACAGCUUGGUUUUUGGAUUACUGUAAUGAUCUUAGAAAUGGGUUUGUUGCAGAACUCAACAAGAAGAUGAGAGAUACCUACAGUGAUAGUUUCUUUGUUGAGUUGCUUGGGAAGAGCGUCGAUCAGUUGUGGAGUGACUACAAGGCCAAGUACGGGAAGAACUAACUAGCUAGCUAUGUUAUUUAUGUGUUAAUCAAGGAUUAUUGAUAGACAUACGAAUAAAAGUAAUUAAAAGCUAAAUUCGGAAUAAAAUGAUAGGAAUAAAAGAAGUUUGUAUUCUCAAUCAUGCAAAUAAAAAAAUAAAUUAACCAACAA